GCACGCUGGCCCACCACCCAGCCAGCUGUCUGCCAGCACUUUGGCUUGUCGCUUCUCCUCCUCUUUUCCCGUGCAACGACGUGUGCUGUGAAGAAUGAAUUGAAUCCCCCGCCUUUCAUUCUUUUCGUGACAGCCAAUCGUUUCAGCACCGUACCUUGACACCCGUGCACCCUGCUCGCUCGAUUCCGGGACCAUCGCGCUAUGACAGUCUGACCUUGUCUGACGGUCCUCCGAGCAGCGAGUCCUUUGUUCGUUUCUCCGCUCCCCUCGACACCUGAAUUCGCACCCAGAAGCUCUGUGAAGGGCGUCUGUCACCCGGCCCUCGCUGCUUGCUCUCUGUCGACUGCCUGGGUGCUCUCUCCAUGCAUCGGUUCCCUUGACGACAUCUGGGUGCGAGACUCACACCUCGUUGCACAUCUUUUCGAGGUAGUACGCCAGACACCUCCCAUGGCGACCACCAUGCUUCCCUCGGGAGGCAUUGCCCUCCACGGGGCUCCGGACAGCGACAUGGGGUCCAGGGACGCCAAAACGACGCCAGUGCAAGCCAUGCAGGUGGAGAUGACCCAAGACAUUGUCGACGAGCUGCUCGAGAGCGUGAGGAGCGGGAAACCGCCGCAGAUAAUCUUCGGCAGGACUCCUCACCUCAAAUGCGGCGACAAGAACCACGUACUGCAGACCAGCUCCGAGAGCUAUCGAUACGAACUGUACCAUUCCAGCGGGGCUGGCCACGACGACGGCCUCGAAUUCACGAGCUUGAUCAACCACAGUCUCCUUGUGCAGGCGGCGGACGAUGUGACGGCGGGCGUCGACACAGCGCUGGAGCAGCUGAAGAGUAGCAUGGCGGCGAUAUCAGAGUUGAAGGAAGCCAACAAAACUAUCGUCGGCGAUGCUACUCCCUCGCGCACCCCCGGCCACCGCCGCAUUCCCUCGAAGGGAUUCAAGCCGCAGCAUCUUGCUCCUUCCUCCAUGGGCUCACCCCUGCUCAGCGUGCCUUCCUCGCCCAUGACCAAGCGACCCCCCACCUCGCAGCCGAGCAGCGCCCACGGCAUGAUACUCAACGCUCUCCGCGUCCCGCUGAUCCACCUUCUCGCCGUGCAGCCGUCGCGAGAGGCGUAUCUUGCCGAAACGUGUCGCACGUCGCUAGCAAACGUGCGCGACCUGCUCCCCAAAAUAGCCAAGCACUCUGCCGACGACGCGGAGAAGUGGCAGCUCACGGACAAGUCAUUCCGUGAAUUCAAUCCCUGGAAAUUUGCAUACAGGACCUCGGAGGACCGAGAGCAAGCGAUCAACAGCGCAAUCAAGUCGUUUGACCGCCUGCGGCUAGCGAAGGACGACAAGCUUUGGCAGAUCUUACUCCCGCGUGAAGAGCGAGGCCAAGGUAAAUGCCUCUCGCGGCUUACCGUCAAAGCAAUCGAGCCCAAGCCUGCGACGCCGCUGCACAAGAUGCCCAACCUAAAGGAGAAGAAGCCGGCGGCAAAGAAGACGGAAGACAAGGAUGCCGAUAAGAAGACAGCGAAGGAUGUGAAAGACACAGAGCCAAAGGCGAAAAAAGUAGUGAAAGAGAAGGCGGUAAAGCCAACCAAGGAUGCGCCGGCGAAACACGCAACUACACCCGCAGCAACCUCGACCCCAAAGCUCGCUCCUACCGCUGCUACUUCCCACCGCAACACUCCUUCGACUGAGGCUACCAAAAUCCGCACUAAGAAGGCAGCGCCCACGUCCGAAGGCUCUUCGACUCCUCGCGUCAAGUCUAAAAUGUCCGCACGGGAUCUUCACAGAGACCGCGCCCCGCGACCGGCCAAGCCCCCGAUGCCCGUCAAUACCAAGCCAAAGAAUCCAUCGCCUCUUUCUGCGUCACCACCCGUAAAUGCCAGCGACUUCGAGGACAACCAUCCAGUCCACAAGGCUCUAUCCGCCGCCCCAUCCCCGGCAAAGACCUCAUCUGGCAAUUCUGACCGCUCGCUAAAGCGCAAAGCCAACGACAUUGACAGCGAUAUCCACAACCACAGUCUCUCUGUCAAAAAGCCACACGUCGACCGCAGUACUCCAAACCACACGCCUUCUGGCAUGAACGGCCGGCCGAACGGCAUCACCCCCUCAAGCAGCAACUCGCUCAAGCGCAGAUCUGACGAGUCCUCCACUUCCACGACGCCCACAGCCAAGAUCCGCAAAGUCACCAACAUCGACACCUCUCUCGCGUCCCGCUAUCUGCACCACGCAGCGCAGACGUCGCCGGGCGACUCGUCGUCCUCGACUACGUCCCCCUCCAUACCAAGCCUCAGCUUCCGCCAGACAGUGGAGUUGAGUCAGAAAUUCCAGAAGUACUACAAGAGGUACGAGGAUCUGUACUGGCAGUUGACAGAAUCGGAGACGCCGCCGACAGAGACACAACGGAGCGAUCUACUAAAGAUGCACAAGAAGCUCGAGGAGAUGAAGCGCGAGAUCAAGGCGGGUGCGGGUGUGCAUCGGUAACAUUGGAGCGCUCGACUGGCAACUAAUACCCGCGCGAGGUCGAUGACAACAUGCUUCGGGAGGCCGAGGAGGCAAUUUGCAUACAAAAUUGGUGUUCAGGGACUCAUCUACUUCCUUUGGGAUCCUCUCUGGCUGCAUUUUGUUCUGGUGUUUUUUCUUUUGCAUACCACAACAAUACUCCUACCUAUGGCAUUGGUACGAAAUAGGGAACUGCAUCUUGGCUGCGGCGUUUCUUCCGAGUCUCCUUUAUAUACACACAAAAGGUGCCCGCUGGGUGGCAACCGCUGUUCAUGUCCAUGAACUACGAAAUGAUGCAUAAUGGAUAAAUAAAAUGACUCGCAUUUCGCAAUAACGAGUAUAAGGACUAGAUAGGAGUGUUUUCACGGAAGGUUUUACUGUACGAUACCAAUAUAAAGCAAAGUCUUCGGAGUC